UUGUGUGACUCACAUGAGUUGUCAAUAAUUUCUGUAGAAAAACUGAAUAAGCUACUUUUAAAAAAUAAAAAUGCAUGGCAGGGUAAAGGAACGUACUUCCGAAGAGAAAAAGGCAAUUAUAUAUAAACAACAACAAGCAAAAUUAAAAGCUUACACACAGGGAAUCGAUACAAUUUUUAGCCAACGCAAAUUAAACGAAUGCGAUGAAAAUACUUUACUUUUAAUUGCUAAAUUGUUAUCGAAUAACCCUGAUAUUUACACGUUGUGGAAUAUACGACGUGAGAUAUUAUUAAACGGGGGAAAACAAAUAAAACAAGAAGCUGUCGCCAGUGAAUUAUAUUUAACUGAGGAAUGCCUACGUACUAAUCCAAAAUCAUACAGUGCAUGGCAUCAUCGUUGUUGGGUUUUGGAUAAUUGCCCCGAGCCAGAUUGGCAAAAAGAGGUUGAUUUAUGUGCGAAGUAUUUAAAAUUAGAUGAACGAAAUUUUCAUUGUUGGGAUUAUAGACAAUUUGUGGUAAAUAGAGCAAAAGUUUCCUAUGAAGAUGAAUUAAAAUUUUCCACUGAGAAAAUUCUACAAAAUUUUUCGAAUUAUUCAUCAUGGCAUUAUAGGAGUAUUUUAUAUAAAACACUGUCACCAAAGAGUGAUUUAUUUAAAGAAGAACUAGAUUUAGUGCAAAAUGCAGCAUUCACUGAUCCAAACGAUACAAGUGCAUGGUUUUAUCAACGUUGGUUACUUGGAAAAUGUGAAAUCCCUUUGAAAGUAUUAUUAGCAUUUUGUAAUACAAAUAUGGCUGUUGUAACACUAACGAAACCGACCGAGAAACCCCCAUAUUUUUAUAUAAAUAAUUCUAAAACGGCUAUGAAUUUUCAACCAUUUGAUGAAAAUGCAAAAUGUUCGAAUAUUUGGAUAUCUUCUGACAUUCCAUCAGUUAUUAAUUUUGAUCAAGAUGUAGUUAGUAUUGCCAUAGAUAAUGAGUCAUUAAUUAAUUUGGAGUAUGAUAUAAAUAAUAAAGAAUUGAAGUAUGCAGAAAAAGAACCAAGGCCACUUGGAGUGAGUUUUAGUGAGGAAAUUCGACCAAUACUUUUAGAACAAUUAGAAUCAUGUCGUGGAUUAUUAGAUCUAGAACCCGAUAGUAAAUGGACUUUAUUAACAGCGGCGUUAUUACUUCGAGGCUUGGGUGGAGAUGAAAAUAAUUUGAAAAGUAUCGAAAUGAUUGACAAACUAAAAGAAAUUGAUUAUUUACGAAAAGGAUAUUAUAAUGAUUUACGUAGUCAAUGGAUAUUAAAUGAUCAUUUAAAUAAUGUUAUGAAAAAUGGAUCAUUAUUUGAUAAUAUAACUAUCGAUGACCAAUCAAUCACUGCCUUAUAUAAUAUUGAAUAUUUAUUGGGUUCAAGAAAUAUAUCAGUGUCUAGUAAAAUAUUUUAUGAAAAAUUAGUAAACAAAAUUUCGAAAAUUAAACGAACUACAAUACAGUAUUUGGGUAAAUAA